UGGCGGCCAGUAAGGGAAAGAUUGAACAAUAAUAUUUAUUUCGGAACUAAGCACGUAAACAAGGCUCAAAGGCGAUCGAUUUCAUUUUUUUUACAGAAGAAAUAUCACUAAAAAUAUAUACAAAUUGAUGUUAUGAGUUUCCAACGCGCGGAAUAGCUGAAAUGUCUUAUGAAGAUGACAAACUGUGCUGGAAAGACGCUGCUCGUAGGAUUUUAAUACUGCAGGAGUCGUCCUCUGACGGACCAUUUAACUCAAACCUUAACGUUAUACUGGACGAACUGAAUUCUUUGGAUUAUGCAACAAGUGUGGUGGACAAUGAAGAGGUGAGUCGUUUUCUCAUUGGUAUUUUAUUUGUAUUGGUAUAUAUAUAUACCACUAAUUGGUUCAUAAAUAUCAAGCAAUAUUAAGAGAAAAUAAUGAUGAAUUAUUCUUUAAGAGGCAUCAAAUGAUACGCGGAAAUCUCUUGAUUUGCCUCCUAAAAGUUAUGUGUAAGGCAUUUCACAAGCAAUUGAAUGUGUAGAAUGAUGCGGGACAGCAGCUGACAUCGGUUUUUCUCAAUACACUCAUUUUUUAGAGUACUUGUGGGUUGCUUAGAGCUUCUCCAUUGUUAAAAAUUAGAUCAGAUUGACCCCCGUGGUGUCUGUGUGAUCUGGUGCUUGAAUGCAGAAGGCCUUAAAAAGUUGGCACAUUGUUUACCAGCAUUUUUAUUUCUGUCACUGGAUCAGGGAUGUGGUGGGGUAGAGGAAAGUUCAUUGGAUUGCUGGCUGAGAAGCCUAGGAUGACAACCUAAUACAGUUGGUGUGUUGUGUUCUUGGGGAAGGAGACUUAACUUGACUGUGCCUCUCUUCCCCUAGGGAUAAAAAUGAGUUCUAGUAUACGGCUAGUCAGAGAAACUGGACUAAAUUUUUGGGAGGGAGGGGAGGGGGUUUGGCUAAUCUAUGAUGGACUGGCUUUCCAUCCAUACAUGGUAGCAAAACUCCUAGCCACUUUAUACCACAGAAAUUGGGAGAAGCUCAGUGGCUUGAUGAGGCAGUUGACUGGAGAACAGACUUUCCCUUUGAACCUUUUUAGUUGGAUAGUUAAGUUUAAUUUUUAUGAUAAAACUUUUGUUAUUUCCAGAGUGCUUUACAAGUACUGUGUAAAUGUUGUACACUUAUACAGUCAGGUGGAAAUGAUGACUUUCUCAGCACAAAGUUCUGUCAACUGAUUGUGAAUCUGCUGGCAAAACAAAAGGUAUUUAAUUUUUUACCCAAAGUGUAAUUCACCAAAGAGAGUCAUUUUGAUCUGUUAACUGAUAUUUCUAGUGCUCAGCUCUUAACACUUUACCUGUAGUAUUUUCAUAUUUUCAGUAGGAGCAACUUUCUAGUUUUCUAAGUGUCUAGCUCUAACCCUAAGUAAUUGCUUUUAUAGUGCAUGAAUUCAGUAAUUUGAAAUCAAAAGCUACUACAAAUGAAGUGGUGUAUAAGGAAAUCUGCAAGCGUGAUCUUAUAUACUCCCUUAACCUUUUUACUCCUAGGAUCUCAUCAGUAAUUCUCCUUACUGUCUAUCAUACAUUUCAUUUGAUGUUAGUUCUGAGAAUUUUGUGUACGAUCAACUAAUAAUCCCCUAAUCAGUAUUCUUCUUUAUUCUCAUCGACUGUCUGCUUGAUAAUGUAUUGAUACUUUAAGGAGAAAUUCUUUCUUGGUCACUUAUGAGAUUUAAAGAGUUAAAUGACAGGAGGUUCAUGUAAACCCACUGGGCCACCUCAGUAUACAGUCCAGUAUUGAUGUUUUUGUGUUUAUUUCUUCCAUGUGCCUAUAAUGAUCUUGACUUUUAAUUACAGGUUGGCCUCAAUCAAGAAACACUGAAUCAUCUCGCCAGCUUCCUUAUUAACUGCAUCAAGAUUUGCAAAAAGUGGACAGUACUGAACAUUUUACGAGCUUUAGGAUCUACUCUUUAUGAAAAUGGGUCACUCUGUGAACAGGUAUUUGAUAAAAGUAUGGGUGAAGAAAUGAAAUAACUUAUUGAUUUUUAUGUGUGUCAAGGUAAGGGGCAAACGUCAUUGUGUUUUAGGUUUGUUUUACUCUUAACCUAGCUUUCAUUACCCUUAGAGUUGGACUGCAAUGGAAAUCAUUUGAGCAAAAUCAUGUGACACUUUUCAAGCAUAAUUUGUAAUUUUUUAUUUACUUUUGUUGGAAAACCCAGGAAACCUACAAUCAGUAUCAAAAUUAGUUGACAGAUCCUGUUUGAAGAGUCCUAGUUAUGAGUAGAAUAACAAUCCUGUCUCUACCACCCUCUAAAUCAUUGACAAGGUUCCCCUUCCUCAUUCAAUGUUGCCUAAAGGUUCAUGGAAUCACGAUACAACAUUGCUUUUGAGGGAAGGGAGGGGAGGGGUGAAUAGGUUAACUUAACAAGAGGAAAAGAGAUAAAAUUGUAGUAAUAGGGAGGUAAAAAUGUUCAUGUGUCAACAUUUUUGUCGCCGAUUGUUGGUUGGAUUGGUCAAUUAUAUACUUUCCAUGCACAAUAAAAUUCAGGACAUGUGGGCAUACCUUAAAUUGUUACCUAAGGGUUUGAAAUAUAAGUUCAAAGUUUAUACUGAAAAUUUCAUCUCUCUUUUAGUUUGGUGAUAGACUGUUAGGUAAAGGUGGGGUGCUGGUGGACCUGUGCAGGGACAAGUCACAGGAAACUGAUGUUCUCUGUAGUACUAUCCAAUGUGUGGCUAAUAUAUGCAUGAGGUAUUUCAUCCUUAUUGGUUAAUUUUUAUUCACUAUACAAAAAGAUGAACUAAUCUGCACUGGGAAAGGGCUAUCUUAUCACAAUAAUGGCACUGACAUUGCAAUUUGAUUGGUCAAUAUGACCCUGUUUAUAAGAGUAUAGACAACACUGCUUGCAUUAAUGUGUCAUGCAAUGCCUUUAUCAGCUCUCAAGCAUGGAUGACUUGGAAAUUUUGAUGUCAAUAUUUGGUAAAAAACAAAUCAAUAGUGAUUAAGCAUGGUCUGCACUCUUAUUGACAACAAUAUUUAGUCAUCACAGUGGUCAAAAUUUGUUGAGGACUCACUCACCUUGUGAGCCCGCAACAUUUUGACCAUUGUACAGACCACACUAAACCACUUUCGUUUGUUAAGUAGAAUGAUGGUAUCUCAAGGGUAUUCAUUAACCCUUUAAUUCCCAAGAUCUAACUAGUAAUUUUUCCUUCUGACUGCCAUGCAUUUCUUUGAGAAUUAGACAGGAAAUUUUGUCUUUUAUCAAGAUAACAUGGUCAAGAUGACAAACUUUUCAAUUCUCAUAACCUGUUAGCUAAAUAUCAUAUAUGAAUCGUGAGGAGAAAGUACUUGUUAAUCACUUCUAGACAUUAAAGGGUUAAGAAAUGUAGUAGUAGGAGAAUUGUGUUGAGUUAUGGGAGAAUAUUCUCAGUUAGCAGUGAACACAGCACCAUAAGCGCCCUUUUACCAAUGAUUUCCUUGUUUGUCAAACACUUGAAAUCAUGAACUGGAAGACCUGAACAGUCGAUGGUCUUGGGCUUAAGAACAGAAAAUUUAAAAACCAUAAUCUUGCCUGAUUUAACAGCACACAAAGCGAGCACAAAGCAAACUUCUUGCAGCACGUGGAACUUGCGCAAAUGCGAAACACGAUCUCUUGCUCGUAAGGAAGAGGUGUGCGACGGGGUGUAAUCGAAGCGCGUACGCGUAACUUUUCCAUGUAUAUUAUUUUUUAAAAUUUUGAAGCAAAGGAACUGUAUUACUUGCGAUUAUAAAACUGCUGGACGACUAUUUCGGCAUGGAUAUGCUUCUGUUCUCUAUACGAGACGGAGAGUCUAAACAUGUUUAGACGCCACUGGAAAACUGUCAUGUUGGUGCAACAUGCCAAGAUGUUCGGUUAAAUGUAUUUUUGUGACAUGAAAGAGGUCACGUUGUCACCGCAGGGGUGAAAUAGUCCAUUUCGCAAAAUAGUAACUCUCCUAAAAUUACUAUUUUGUGAAAUAUAUUUUAAUACGGUUUAAGAAAUGAGAGAAGGCCAAAAUGUUCGGUGAUAUACUAAUUUGUAAUGUUUAGAUGUAUUUUCGUGACGUGAAAGAGGUCACGUUGUCACCGCAGGGUGAAAAUUGUCCAUUUCGCAAAAUAGUAACUCUCCUAAAAUUACUAUUUUGCGAAAUACAUUUUAAUACGGUUUAAGAAAUAAGAGGAGGCCAAAAUCUUCGAUGAUAUACUUAUUUGUAAUGUUUAAAUGUAUUUUUGUGACAUGAAAGAGGUCACGUUGUCACCGCAGGGGUGAAAAUAGUCCAUUUCGCAAAAUAGUAACUCUCCUAAAAUUACUAUUUUGCGAAAUACAUUUUAAUACGGUUUUAAGAAAUAACAGGAGGCCAAAAUGUUCGGUGAUAUACUAAUUUGUAAUGUUUAAAUGAAUUUUUGUGACAUGAAAGAGGUCACGUUGUUACCGCAGGGUGAAAAUUGUCCAUUUCGCAAAAUAGUAACUCUCCUAAAAUUACUAUUUUGCGAAAACAUUUUAAUACGGUUUAAGAAAUAAGAGGAGGCCAAAAUGUUCGGUGAUAUACUAAUUUGUAAUGUUUAAAUGUAUUUUUGUGACAUGAAAGAGGUCACGUUGUCAUCGCAGGGUGAAAAUGGUCCAUUUCUCUCCUAAAAUUACUAUUUUGCGAAAUAUAUUUUAAUACGGUUUAAGAAAUAAGAGGAGGCCAAAAUGUUCGGUUAUAUACUAAUUUGUAAUGUUUAAAUGUAUUUUCGCGACAUGAAAGAGGUCACGUUGUCACCGCAGAGUGAAAAUAGUCCAUUUCGCAAAAUAGUAACUCUCUAAAAUUACUAUUUUGCGAAAUGAAUAAAAAUCCUUCUUAUUAAUGAACGAUUACUCCAAAAUCCUUGUGAAAGUUAUCUUUACCUUAUUGGAAAAUAUAUCUGCAUUAUUCCUUUUUUUUUAUUUCACAUGUUUGAUCAUGUUUGAAUAAAAAGGUGUCCUGAAGGUCUGUAUGUUUAGCUUCUAAUAAGUUGUAUUGGAUUGACGACCAACUCGCCGACGUCUCUACUCGAUUUUAACGUCGGCGAGUUGGUGUCGGCGAGUUGGUCCGUCGGCGAGUUGACCGUAAACCCACUCACCUUGUGAGCCCGCAACAUUUUGACCAUUGUACAGACCACACUAAACCAUUGAACUUUAGCUGAAGAUCGAAUUGUCUGAUUUCCCAUGCCUAUCAAACACCCUUUACUUCAAUCAUGAAAUGCUUGAGUGUAACUCGACUGGUAAAGAAACUUUUGUGGAACUUUAGUGGCAAGUAACUGACAUACUUUUACAAAAGUUUGCUGCAGAUUUUUGGAAGUUAUUCACUGUCAGCUUCAUACAUGUACUUGGCAUUUAAAUUGAUUGGUGUUUUCCAUGAUUUUUAAUGGUCUUACUAUUGCCAAUCUCCUGAGGCUUACCAAUAGAGCAUCUAGACUAGUAGUCUGAAGUUUGUUGGCUUAGUAUGGAUACCACUGUUCCCUUGAACCAUUCUCAUAUAAAAGUAAUCGUAAUCUCCAGCUUUUAUGUGAUUUUUUUUUAAACACUAGGUCAUCAAAUGGAUUACAUUUGGAUGAUAAAUUCAUUGCACAAGCAUUCAAUCUUCUUCUGGAUCUUCUGCAAACUUCCAACCCAAACUCAUGUAAAACAGAGAUCGAACAUUUUAGGGUUAGUGUUAGUUUUUUUUCUAUUGAAGAUCAAUGUCAUUUUGUACACCAAAAAUUAUUGUUUUGAUACCAAUAUAUAGACUUGUUAGUAAGAAAAAAGCUACAGUGCCUAUGACAUAACCAAAUGAAUAUUCAACCUUUUGACCCUUAAGAGUGACUAGCCUCUAAUUUCUCCUUACAAUAUCACCCCUGAAUCACACAUUAAGGUCAUGAGAAUGAAAGAAAUGAUCACCAACCUAAGAAGUUCUCAAAAGUUAAAAAAAUUCUUGUUGUCGGCUCCACGAGACCAGUAUGAAGAAUAUACAUACUGAUUUAAGGGUGUAAAUGGUUGAUACAUGUUUUUAGAAUUUUUAACUACAGGUGAUACAUGAUCAGACACAGAGUCCUAUUGGACUCAUUCUCACCUUCAAAUCAUAAAUUCCUCCCAUUAUCUUACUUUUAGGUCAUCAAUGCAGUUUUGCGUGCUUUGUUAAAUGUUCUUGUUCUCGGGUGUUCAAGUCAGAGUUAUGAUCUUGGACCUCUCUUGGCGGCUCUUAAGGUAAACUCUGACACAUAAAAAUGGCUACUUUACUUAAAGACCUCUUACUAACCAAGUUAGGGGUCGGCACUUUAAGUUAUGGAUCAAGUAUUCCCACUUGGUUGUGGCCCAUGUGAGUGGAAAAAACAAGGUUGCAUUACUUUUAGUAAAGAUCAAGAAAAUAAGGAUAGUAAGAUAUUUAGUUUAUCUCUGGGUUCAAAUAGAGGGGUAAGAUUUCAAUUCAAACAAACUUUUGAAUGUAGUGGGCCCUACAGUGAAAUACAGCCUGCUAAAUUGACCAGUCAUAGCACAUGUGGCAACUGAGAGAUAAAAUUAUAAUACUCCAUACAAUCUCAUUGAGCUGAAGCACAUGGUAAAAGUUUCUAGAUAUUGCAUAAGUUCUUUCAAUGUGCUCAUAUAUUUUUUCUGGCCUCAUAAUGGCCCUGAGUGUAGUUCUACUAUUUUUGAAUUAAAAUUCUUCUAUACUAUUUUUGUAGAACUAUAUGUUUUGUGGCUUGCCUGGCUACAAACCAGUGUAUGCUGAGAAGAGGAACCAGCAACCAGAGGAUCAACCAGGUAUCAUAGCUGAAAUUUCUCUUUGAGGAAAGCACUUACUGUACUUAGUUACAUAGAGCCCUUGCCAUUCUAGUGUCCAUGAAAGUAUGUAUGUAGGCACACUGCUUUCUUGAAACAGAAAUUGUAUAGAAGGGUAAGGAUAAAUGUCAGUGGUUUUUCCUUGGACAUCUUAAACUUUCUCUGUGGGGGUAGAUUAGCUGAAACAGAGCAUAGCAGAGCAGGGAUAUAGAAGCUGUGAGUGCCUGACAGGAACAAUAGAUAUGCUGGUAAAGAACUGUUAUGGCAGGACUACAGUGGGUCAGUCAUCCCCUUAGUUGAAUUUUGUUACUCUGGAAACUGACUUGUUGAACACUCAGAGGAAGUAUGGGUUUGCUAAAGGUUUUCUCCACUGCUUUGUGAUAUUUGAUGCAUGGAAAGCAAAACCAAAAGAAAUGACAGAGCUACAAUUCAGAAAACUUGGGUUAGAAAAUUUUGCAUGUUGUCUAAUUGUGAUUUCUACAAAAUUUUCCAUGGGUGUGCGGUGGCGGCAAAUAGCUCUCUGUAACUUUAUUUAUUUGUAUUGAUAGUUAACCAUUACUUGAAUAAUAAAUAAAUCUAAUUGCCAAAUGAAGUAAAGGGAGUAAGGUUGAAUUAGUACAUGCAUAGGUUCCCCUUCUUCAGAGGAAAGGAUCAUUGUAAACUUUGAUUAAGAAAUAGCCAAUGCCCCAAGAGCUGUCCAGCUCUAACAAGUAUGCUUCCAAACCUUUGUUAGACAACAUUUUUCAGAUGAGAUGAUAGUACUACACUCUCCAACUAGGUGAGGAAAAAGUGCCCUCCUAAGGGUAGCUGGACUCUGAAGUUAUGGAAUUACAUCUUGGGUGCCACCUUGAUCUGAUUUGUUCUUCUCUCUACAGGGAUUGAGCCAGAUGAUUUAUCUUCAGUCCAUUUAGACACAAUACCCCAAAAAGAUCGUACCUACUCUGCCCUUAGCAAGAAGAAAAAGAGACGCUCCAACAACAAAAAAUCGAAACAAACUGCCUCACCUGUGGCACCCAAGCAAACAUCUGUUGGUAGCCUUUCAACAGAAGUGCCAACACAAACAUUUGCAGCAAUGAAUUUACAUUAUAGUUUGAGUAAAGAGGCUGGACACCAGGAGGACCAGUGCAUUAGUCUCAGACCCAGAAAUAUGCAAAGACACACUACACAUUAUUCCAGAAGUAAUAAUUUUACUCAAAAGAAAGACAGUGCAGCUAUGAAUAUGAACACUCUUGAUAGAUCAGGUGCAGAAUCAUCAGGCUAUCACAGUGCAUCAAGCUUGUCCAAUGCAAGUUCUGACUCAGAAUAUUCUGAUAGUGAGGCAGGACAGACAGCAAGGCUAAGGUACUGCUAACUUCACAAAAUGUUUUUGAUUGUGCAUGUACAAGGUAUGGUUGCCUGCCUAUUGUACUUGAGAUCAAAAGGUCUUGGUUUGCACCCAGCUCAGGGUGUGCUGUUGGGAAAGACACUUUGUUCUCACAGUGCUUAUCUCCUUAGGGUAUAAAUGAGUACCAGAGAACUGCUGGGGGGGUGGGUACUAACUUGCCUCUCUUUCAGUUUGAGCUACAAUAAUAGCACUCACUCCAUGCUAGAGAAACAGACAAACAGGGAUAAACUCCUGCAGCUGUGGAUGAUAGACUUGUAUUGAGACCUACUUUUCCAAAGGAUCUUGAUUGGGAAAUGAAAUAUUAAAGAGAUAAAAUGCCACAGGAACCUCUGUUCACAAAAUUAAACUCAAUUGCCCAGUGAAUAGUUUUUUCUAACAAGAGCAUUUUUCAGGUCUAUAACAUUGAAAGUUCGGCUGAAUGUUCUUCUUUGUCUUCAGGCUGUGAUUAAAGUAAGCGCCAUAUGUAUCAAUAUGUCUUUGUAUCUGUUUUUUAUUGUAAUAUAGAUUGGAAUAAUUUUAAAUUGAGUGUUCAUCGUAAUCCAAGGCUGAUUAAAUCUCAUAGUGUGAUUGCACCCCUUUAUCAACCAAUCAAAUUCAGCAGUAAAACAAAUUGGAUUUUGGUCACUCUCCUGUGAUAUUUGUUUUCUUUGUGACAGUGUAGUGAAAUUGUUGGAAGAAUUCAACAUCAUGGCAGGGAAUCAAAAGGUCAAAAGAUGAUCAGAGAUUUUCCCUGAGCCCAAUGCAUUAUUAUUAUUAUUUUAAAAAACAAAACAAAAUAAAACAAAAUAAAGAGAGUCCAAGACUACUCUGAGCAAAAAUCUUCAUGAUUCUCAAGAAUAUUUUGGUUUUUCAGAGCACAGACAAAAAAGUUCUGUUUGGAUACUGGUCCUCAUUCAUUCCUGAUAAUACAAUGUCAGCAUCAUGGUCCCUUUUCACAAUAAUUCUGAAGGAUCCCACUCCAAAGGUGGGCAUAUUUUCUAUAAAGUAGUAAGACACUAUAGCAGUGUGGGAUGCAUAAUCUCAAUCUGUUUUGUUUUAGUGUUGUUGUUGAUGAGGAUUACAAGGAUAGUGAUGAUGGUAAUAAAGUCAUGAAACCACAGAAGAAAAAGUAAUCAUGACUGUAUGAAUGUAGCUAAAGCUGAGGAUGUUUGGAUUUUUUAACAAAAUUUUUUACAAGGUAUAGAAUGUAGCCUGGCUCAAUUAUGAGUUCUCUGUCACUAAGUCGAUGGAGCAGCUGUGCAUAACAUCAGAUUGUUAGAGGUUUGAAUUUUAAGAAGGGACUCAGAUGUAUGUUUUUGUCUAAUGCGUGUGAGGAAUGUUCAACCUGAUUCUUUAAAGUAAUUUUAUAGUAGCUGGGACAGGAUUGGAUUGUGGUGAACAUAAUACUUUUUUUAAACUUUGUUUUUGUCUGACUUACAGAAAUGACCCUUGAGCAGGUCAGAUGAAUUUUUGGCUUUAAAAUUGUUGUGAUGUUGACACUGUUAAUUGAUCUUUUUCAGGGCCGAGCUGCAGGUGUAACUGUCCUCAUGGACUUAUUGGAUGGUUCAAGACAAUUCUUGGUGGCUGCUGAAGAACGGUACAUAACUAUUUCAUUCCUAGAAUGUUUUUCUGUGUCAUCUGCUGUCUUUCUGCAGAGUUCUUAAUUUUUCAAGUUCAUGAUUAAAGAUGUUGAUUUAAAUAACAUAAAUGUUUAAUGCAUAAUUAGGCUAAAAAUAAACAAAACGAAAUACAUUGUAACUGAAAAACGAACAAAAAAUCACAGAUUUUCGCACAUGUGGAAUGUUUAUAUGAGAGGAAUUCUUUUAGUUUCAAAGUGAAAGAGGUGAUUUUCAGAGCUAAGAAUAUUAAAGAAUCUAGGCCUUCAAAACAGAUAUUGUUGAAAUUGUUACUUUCAACUACUAGAUGAACCUUUGGCAGUUUGCAAUUUGUUUAAGGAUUUUGUUUUUAUUUUUGACAAUCAUAAAACUACUGAAUGAAAAUCAUCAAACAGUUAUUAUUAUUAUUCUUUACUUUCAGAGAGCAGCAUAGUAGUUCACCGUCAUCGCGACCUUACACUUCAUUCUCUGCGAAACUGAGCGGAAUUGUUCAUGAACUUCACAGAUGUCUGCUGCAAGCUUUAGUAGCAGAAACAUCAGCUACUACUAAAGCCCAGAUACUAAAGGUAAAGUUUUACAGUUAACAAGUAUUUUUUGUCUUUAAGAGUGUACACUUUGACUGAGUGUUGUCAGAUCAAAAGCAAUGUAAUCUCAAUAGCCAAUCAGAACGGAGGAAUAUAUUUUAAGGGCCAAUAAGAACUCAAAGUAAAAACGAGCAGUGCUUAGAGCGCGGGAAAACGCAAGUGACUAAGUAUCUUAUUUUAAGGUCUGCAUCAUACUUUUAGUGUGAUUUUUAAAAGUUGUUGUCCUUACCAGCUCUUCUUCUUUGAAUUUUUAGUGCCUGUCCCUUCUAGUGCUGAACUCGCCAUACAACAGAUUAAAGGAAGGACUAGUCACCAAAGUUGUCAGACAACUUCGGCCUUUACUUUUCCUUAAAGGUAUGCUUAUAUUGAAAGGAUUCUCGGCUGAAAAAAAUAAGCGUACCUCGAGAACCCUCUUUAAACGAGAGAUUUAGGUCGAUUUGUCGAGUGAGCUUUUAAAAAAAAAAAGUUUAAAAAAGCUUUAAAUACCUUUUUUCAAAGAAUAGAUUACAGGAAUGGGUCGGAAAAACCUAUGGUAAGCACGAGGAGCCAAUCAGAACUUAGGUAUAGAGCACGAGGAGCCAAUCAGAACUUAGGUUUAAAGCACAAGGAGCCGAUCAGAACUUAGGUAUAGAGCACAAGGAGCCAAUCAGAACUUUGGUAUAGAGCACAAGGAGCCAAUCAGAAUUCAAGGUCGAUACGUGCACUGAACCUCACACGCGGAAAACGCGAGUGACCGAAUAGGAUUUUUUGAGAGUGUAGCAACAGUUUUCUUAACCAAUCCCAGAGCGUAGUAUUACAAAGUCAUUGUGGUCCACAAUAAAAUGAACAUUUUAAUCAGUGACUUUCUUUCUCUACUUGUUUAAUACUCAGAUCCAAACCUACAAACAGCAGUGUUAUCUUGUCUAAGAAUGGUUGUGUGUGUGCACACCCCACUACAAGAAGUGGUUGAAAUAAUGAGGCCAACCUCGGAGGAAAUCAGCACAGGGAAUAGGACUGUAUCUGGAAACAACAGUAGUUCUGCCCAUGACAUAAGUUCAGUUUAUGUGAAACCUGAUUUACAGGUUCCACUCGAGUCUCCAUGGCUCAUAAACUGGUGUGUUAAUACUAUAAAUAGGAGGGAAAAUUCAUUGGUGGUGCGAUUGGAAGCCUUGCAGUUCAUGGGAUCCUUUGUGAAGAGCUAUGUCUUCUUACUCAGGUAAUUGUACUCAGGGGCGUACGAGAGGGUGGAGAGGGAAUUACCGGAGCCUCGUUCGUGUACCUUCCCUCCCCUCCCCUCCCCUACCCCCUCCCUCCUCCUCUUAACUAGGGUGAGGAAUUUCAAACCGUUCUUUUGCGAAUUUGGACUUGUUCAAGUAACCUGGAGAAGGCAGUAAAUAAGCCGUGUUUUAACACAGUAAACGAUUUAUAUGAGGUAUAUCAACAAAAUAUUGGCAAUAUAUCAAACCUUGUGGUUGACGGAUUUUUAACUCUGCCUUCCUGGGUAACUACGCCAACUACGAUGUGAUUUUUCCUCGUUGCAGUUCCAGUGUGGUAGAGUGUCUCAGGAGUCUGGCAUGUUCAUGUUUAAAGGAUGUGGAUGUACCAUUUACACUGUCUGCUAUGAAGGUGAUAUAAUUUUGUCGAUUGUGAGCAUUUUUUAAGCGGGUUCUCAGGUCCUUUGAGAUAUCAGGACAAAGUGCUUACUACAAUGAAACCUCCGUUUAUGGAACAUGUUCAACCCUUCUACCCCUGAGGGUGAUAAGUGUCUAAUUUCUUCCAACAGUAUCACCCCCUAGAUCAAAUAUUAAGGUCAUGAGAAUAAAGGAAAUGAUCGCGAACUCAAGAAGUUUUGUAUUGCUCAACAAAUUCUCCUUAUAAGUAAACAGGAAUGUAUACAGAACAGUAUGGAGAACUUACAUACUGAUGUGAGGGUGUAAAGGGUUAAGACUAGGAAAAGUGUACUCCCAACAGAGGUUUCCCUUCAAUAUAGGAGCGUUUUUUCUGCUGGGAGUAAAUUCUACAUCCCUUGAGUAGAGGCGUCGACGCGUUUGUUAUUGCAAACCUCUCCAGGAUUCACAACAAUAGUUGUAGUGCGUAGUGCAGUAGUGCGUAGCAAAAAACCAAAAGUCCGGCAGAAUUAGAAGCUUAUAAGAACUGAUACACUUACGCACUUUUCCCUGUUUUUGAUCAUGCGUUUAUGAAGUCAUGCGUUUUAAUGCUUCUGCGAGGGUUAGUUGCGAAUUUGUAGCUCUAUGUGUUCAUUAUUGCUCAUCAAAAACGAUUCAGUGGUUCUUUUACCCUUCAGUUUCUAGAGGAAAUCGCCCGGGCGGUGUAUGCUGACUUUUCAAGCCAUGCUGAUAGGAGUGCAGUUUCUAAAGAACAGGUUAGCUCAGUUGUUAACCCCAUGAAUGUAUUAAAAUUAAAGUAUACAGCCAUUGUGUUAAAAUGAGGAUUGGUAUAAUUUGUUAGCUUUUAAAAAACUUCCAUUGUAGUUCUCAUAUAGUUUGGAUCGAGGCGCAGUGACCUUAUGGUUCGUGCACUCGAGCACAGGGCAAGGUGUCCAGAUUUGAGUCCUACUGGCGGGGUCAUUGUGUUGUGUUAAUGCACAAGUCUCGUAACGCAAGUGCCUCUCGCUACUCUAGAAUGUGAAUGGCUACCCUGCGAACUGAAAGGGAAACCCGACGAAAUGCCAAUGAGGUAGCCUGUGACGGACUAAGGUCCCGUCGCUUUAUCUUACAGAGAGUAGGGCUACUUGACUUGAAUGCAGAGUUUUUCGUUAUCAGUAAUUUUUACCGAUUCAUGACUCCAUUCUUGAGUUUACCUUACAGUUUUCACUUGUUGUCUCUUUUCUCUCCGACAACUCUUCCAAAUAGUAUUUCUAGUAAUUGUGUUUGUUGUUCUUCCUCUCUCAGUUGUAUAAUCGUAUUUUCGGUAAAUUAAUUAGUUUUAUUUUAUUCCUUUAGAUUUUACAAUUCUGGCUCAAGUUAAUGGACGGUCCUCUGAUUACUGUGAUACAAGAGGGAAGCUCUGUGUGUGCUCCUUCAUGUAGUGCUGCAGUUGACUGCCUGUCCAACAUUGGAGCUGUCAUCUUUAACGAAUUUCCCGUGAGUUUACUCUGAUAGUAAUGUAAUAGAAAUCAUAGAAUCCCUAGUUCUUUAGCCUAGGUUUUUCCAACUCAAGAUAAUUGACACUAAAACUGGCUUCUUUCUCUGGUCAAGCACUGUUGUUUAACCCCUCUAUUUCGAACCUCCGGGUGGUUCACACCAGUUAUCUUUUCACGGACAGGUUCGAAUAUCAGUACUAUACCCCUUUCAUUACAGAAUGAAUGGUGUACAAGAUAUUUUACUCUCUAUGAGCCUCUUUACACCCAGGGGGGUAGAUGGGUAACGGCCAUAUAACAGGGAACCUGUCGAAAUUUUUGGGGCCUGGGGGGACGGUAGCUUUCGAUGGGACUGGCACUCCCAUCCAGGUCGAAAAGCGAUUCUCGUAGGCAGAUUUAGCAGGUGGCCAUUUCUGGUGACUUUGCAUCUCUUUGUGUGAAAAUGUUAAGACUCAUAGCAUUUUUAAAGUGCAUUUAUUCCUUGAUCUCUUGUUUAUUUCCAGGUACACAAGCGUAUUCUUUGCAUUACCCUACUACUUGGUUUGUCCAAUGAUGAAGACAAGAAUGUAAAGGUGAAAUAUAAAAAUCUAGCUUCCCUUAUUGUUUACCCAAGGUUUGAAACUGUUUGAAACUUAAAAGCAAAGAGUUUAACCUUAAACUCUCAGAUGUGAUUAACUUGCAACCUCUACCAAAAAUAUCCAUACAUUAUCCAGCAAAAAGGUGAUAAGAAAACUUAAACUUAUAACGCUAAAUUCUCGUGACUAAAUUACAAGGAACUGUGUAGCAGCUAGAGGGGAGAAUUAACAAUCAGAUCUUGAGAGUUAAAGAGUUAAAGAGUUUGAAACAGACCAAGUAGCUUAGUGGCUAAAUGGUGAAAUUAGUGGCAACCUCCUCGUAUCUAGUUACAGAAGGUUAGAAAAUCCCCACUGAAGUUUUUUUUUUCGGUUAGGAAUCCUCUGUGCUUGCAAUUACCUGCAAAAUGUAAGAUUACGCAAGAAACAGUAGCUUAGCAACGUAUCGUAAACAUGGAUGCGGUGAUUCCGUCGUUCUACCGUCUUGCAUUUGAUAAGAUAAUCUGACGCACUUCAAGUUCUCCACCAGAGCUAAGAGCUCUUUUAAAUUUAAAUUUUGGUACUGUUUGAUUUGUACUAUAUUUUUUUCCGGCAUGCUUUGAUUUGUACUUUCACAGAGUCUACGUGGCCUGCGUGUAAGGUGGGGACGGGGUGGGGGGAAGGAGCGGAGUUAUGAAUUGCAGUCCCCUCUACGCCAUUCUCUUUGAACGAAGGCCACAUGCGCUGUUCUUUUGCCCUUACGCAGUUUGAGCUUAAAACAAUUCAUUUCUUCAUAACUAGAGGUAAAAUAAACACCUUCAACCUGUACUGACUUCCUCGCCGUUUAUUUCAUGUCUAAGGCCUCAUCAGUACGUGCCCUGGGUGUGUUUGUUCUGUACCCUUGCCUGAGAGAUGAUGUGCUGUUUGUAGCAGACACGGCUAAUGCCAUGCUCACAGCCAUGGCUGAUCCUAAGAUAAUGAUACGGAUGAAGGCAGCCUGGUCGUUGGCUAAUCUCAGUGACUCUCUGGUAACCAAUAUGUAAGUAAAACAGGAAGCUUCUGUCUGGUUUUGAUAUAUACUUGUAAAUCUAGGUCCGACCAUGUUUGUGGCCCCUGCUCAAAGUUUUCAAAUCGGUACAAUUCGUCUUUAAACAGGAUAUACUUGUUAUGUAGCACGAACUGUUGCGUUGCGCUACAUUACGUUUAUUGCGGUACAUUUUAUUUUUCAGGUCUUGUGGAGACACCAGUUUUAUGGAAGAUUUUUCAGACAUGUUGCUGUUGAAGCUGUUGAAUACUUCUAUUACAGCGGCGGAUGAUAACGAAAAGGUGAGUAUUUACGGAUGAACACACGGUUUAGAAGAUCAAAUUGUAUUAUAAAAACCAACUACAAUAAAAAAGUCACGAUUUAUGGAAAUAUUUUAAGAUUCACACAUUGAGACAUAGUAGCCUGAUUUUUUUUAUUUUCUUACGUGUUUCAGGUGAAGUCCAACGCAGUCAGAGCCCUGGGAAACUUUCUCCGCUACAUCAGGAUGUCAUCUUUGGGUAAGAGUAAAAGAUCACUUAAAGCACUUUGUAGAAAUCUUCAAUUGAUUGUCAAAAAUAUUCUGGGAUUGCAUUGUUUUUACCAUCGCAAUCAAUACGCUCCGUGAUUGGUCAAGAAAAGUUGCACCACUUUGUAAACCAAUCAGUACAAAAUCAAACAAAAAUGCGACGCGGUAACUCGCGUUUUCCUGCGCUUCAGCCAGUUUUCUUGUUUUUGCUGUGAAUUCUCAUUGGCUCCUUGUGAUGAUUUCCUCUAUUCUGAUUGGCCUUUUUAUGGUCACUGGUUGAGGUAACGACACUCGAUCGAAAAACGCUUGACUGAACUCCGUGACUGGAUUAUGCAAGGUGUGUUAUACUGCAAGGAAAAAAUCUUUGUGGAGAAAACGUUUGAAAUAUUUGUGUUGUCAAUGGUGAUCUGAUUUCUCAUUUCAGAUAAACCAGGCUUUGUUGAGGCGGUGGAGAAAGCUGUGCAAGCGCUGGUGAGAAACGUCGGCUCAGGGCUUAUGAAGGUGAGAAGGUAGUCAUAUCAGUGUCUCCAGUUGGAAUGAUGACAACGAGAACAGUAGCGAUGGUGUUGAUAAUGACGAUUUCGGUGAUGAUGAUGAUGAUGAUGAUGACGGUGCUGAUGGUGGCCCUUUGACAGAAUUAUUUUAAGUCGUGAUGACAAAAAUCUCGUUUCCUUAAAGGAUCGGAACGCAGAUGAGAAGGUUAAACUUCAACUCCUUGGAGUUAUUGUCUUGUGGUCUCCCUCCGGGAGUAUGAAUGAUCCAAGGGGCACCUUAACUUAAUCGUCAGGACAACCUUAUGAACCGUAGGGGUAACCUACGAUCAAUUAACACCCUCCCCCCCCCCUCUACCUGAUGUAGAAGCGUUGAUCCAAUUUUGAUUAAAAUAAAACUUCUUUAGCUUUUGGAUUUCAGGUUAGGGUUUGUUUUCGUUAUUUUUGUUUUAUUUCUUGUCUAUAUUUGAUUCAAACUCUCUUUGGUUACUAGGUUCGCUGGAAUGCUUGUUACGCCAUUGGCAAUGUGUUUCGCAAUGCUUUCUUGCCGAUCGGCACAGCACCUUGGACGGUUGGUAUUUUUUUAUAUCAUUAUCUGUCUUUUGUUUUAUCAAUUUACCAAUUUCAAUACAUUGCGCGAUGAAAAGAUAAGGAGAAUAAAAACUAUCUUUCCAGUGACAUCAUUAGUCGUGAUCCACCAUGACACGACAUGGAAAAAUGUUCGGUGAUUAUCAAAGGAACCACGUCACUAUAUUUUGUGUCAUUUUCUACGAAGUACAACCUGCUUUCAAGUUGAAGAGGACUGCAAAUUGUUCGUUUCUUUAGAAAGGCAAGCACAAUGAAGGCAAUUUUAAACUCAGGGGGAAUAUGGAGGGCGAAGUAUGGCGAGGGUCAACACAGAUGGAAAUUUGCUAACUUAACAAAAAUUUAAGGGUGUGCUCAGUGGGAGUAGCUCCUUUGAGGAGAACCAGUAUUUCUCGUAUCUUUGGGUUAACUUACUUGAAAGACUGACAAUUUUCUCUGAACCUUUCUAAAGUACCCUUCCCCCCUAGAAAACGUCCUUCCCUCCAUUACUUUUUACACUGAGACACUAAAAAUUAAAAGUACUUUUUUAUCUACGUAGGCUGAGAUUUUCACUGGUUUGGAAAAUGUAAUUCGCGACUGCAAGAACUUUAAGGUGAGUUCUAAAGGUAACGUGUGGUAAUUGGAUUUUAUGAUGCAAACUCACGAUGGAAUUUUGUAUCGAGACGAGGCUAUAGUAAGCUGUGUAAAGGGGGUAAGUUUCUAAAGAAACUGUGGUGCUGGUGGAAGAGUAUAACAGGGUAAUUUAGUGUUGACAACUGAGUUGAUAACGUGAAUUGGCCACCGUAAAAAGUUUAAAGGCUGACGUUUCGAGCACUAGCCCUCCAAUCGCUCUAACGAAGGGCUAUCGCUCCAAACGUCAGCCUUUAAACUAUUUACGGUGGCCUAUUUACGUUAUCAACUCAGUUGUCAACACUAAAUUACCCUAUAGUAAGCUGUAAUUGCGAAAAGUUGAAAGUAACUCAUCUAUGUCUUCACUUUCUAAGAUCGAUCUCAUAAGACGUAAAGAAGCAAAACUUAGCCAGACGAACGCUUGAAACAGUGCAGAAUAAUAUUUAUGCGCAGUAGUAGUCGUUAAUUCCUGAUGCAGACCGUCUGUGCUUUGACUUGAGUAAACUCUGUCUGAUUAUUUUCAGGUUCGAAUCAAUGCCGUCCUACCCUUGUCAAUUCCCCCAGAGAGGCGUUACUAUGGAGGUGUGACUCUGUAUUGUCGAAUUUUCGCCACAUUGAUUGACGCCUUGAAAGGCACUGAGAAGGUCACGGAGUUUAGCGAGUUCAAAUACAGAGACCAUCUGAGGCAGCAGGUACGAUUUGAUUAUUCUUAACAGUUCUCCAUACUGUUUACUAUACGUUUCUGAUAAUUUUAGCAAUUAGAAUAAGUUGUUAGUCAAACAGUCAAUGAAUAUUUUUCUUCCUUCUCAACACCUCUAUGAUAAAAACUGUAUCGAUUGUAAGGAGACAUUCCCUCAUGCUCAGCCUUGGUAGCGGUAAGGGUUAACAGGGCACCCUCUUCUGAUCCCGAAAUUUAAUGUUUACAGGUGGUUUGCCUUUCAUUAUUUUGUAUGUAAGGGUUUUUUUCUGGCUCGCUUUGGAGACAGGAGCGGUGAUGAUCACUCUUAGGCUCCAAAUCAAGCCGUCUGAGUCACUCAGGUCAGAAGGGUGUGUUCCUGAAAAAGACAGCGACUUCCAAAAUGACCCUCUCUACCUCAAGGGUACUAGAAUGAGGGAAUCCGGCGUAGAUAUUUUAGGGUGUGAUAGACUAGCAUUCAAUUCAUUGGAAACCGUUCUAAGCUCUUCUGGUGUUGGCUAAGAGCUCCCUAAAGAGUUAAUCUUUGAUUUGUCACACACUUCAGAGGGGGGAGGGGGUUUUUAAGGAAAUAUUUUUCUCUGUAUAGGAUACUGAUUUUGACACGAAUCUAUUUGCCAGCUUUGCAAUUCACUUUGUCAUAUGACUCAAAUGAUGACAGAAGAAGACGCCAGUUCUCUCGGUUCUACGCUGGAGGAUAGCCACGAUGCAUUGAAAGAUUACAUUGCAGAUUAUGUUCGCCACCUUUACACUCAGGUGAGAAUUUACUCCUAUCAGAUGUUAGCUUCUCCUUGCUCUCUUUGGGAGUGUCUUGCACACAGUACUCUGAAUCACAAGGUCCUGGGUCGAGCUCUGGCCAAGUCAUGUUGUUGUGUUUUUUGGCAAGACAUUUCAUUUGCGCGUUGUCUCUCCCCACCCUGCAGUGUAAAUGGGAGUUAGUCUCACGUGUAGAGUUAACCAUGAAUUUCUUUCCCUCCUCUUUCUACUCUCCCUUCCCCCUCAGUUCUCCCUUAACACGGGAGGGAAGGGGCAUUCAAAGUUUGUAUCAAACCUACUCUUUUACUCAAAGGAUGUCUUAGAUCUUGGCUGGACUACGACAGAUGUGUUUCGUUUUAGCUCAGUAAGGCCUUUGAAAGUCAGUCAGAUAUCUACAGGUUUGAAGCAGAUAUUUAGGUUUCUUAUCAAUUCUUUGGUCUUCACAUAGAUAAAUACACGAAGUAAGGGAAUUUAAAGGAUCAAAAUUUUCGCUUUUUUUUAACAGGAGUCGUCAAUCGAAGAUCAAAAGGACGGCAAUACAGCAACUGAAAAAUGUGAGUUUGUUGAACGUUUUUCGGGGCUCAUCCAUAUCAAAAGAAAAAGUAUGAAGGUGUUGUAUGAAGAGAAACAAAAAUCAUUUCCUAUUAUAAGAUAAGGAGAUUCGAGAUUAGACGUCUCAAGUUAUCGAAAACGACUCCUCAGGUUGCAUUAUAACUUGUUGUCAGACGACCCCUUUUUUCUUGGCAACACGAGAUGGUAAAAACAGUGAGCUCAGCUAUUUCAUCAAGAUGGUAUAUCGCCAUCCACUGGUACUCUUUCGCGACUGCUAAUGAUUGUUUUCAAUCAAUUCUCACUCUGCUGCUUCUUGUAGACUUUUACAUUUUACUCCUCUUUUCUGUUUAGUAACCGCUGUACAGGGCGCUCACAGGCGGGUGCAUGGGGAGCUAGAGGCAUCUACCCCCGCGGUUAAGAUCUUGCAAGAUGUGUUUGGAGAAUGGACUAAGGCUACAGAGACGAAAGAUGAAGCGAGGACAACAGAAGAAGUCAAGUCUGAGUGA